UCUCUUUCCAUUGCAAGGCACACCAGGAGAGAGAAGCAGCUGGGCCCUGGCUGCCUUGCAAGGAGGCUUGGGCAUGCAUUGAGGACUAGCGCCUUGGGUGCAAAAAGCAAAGAUGGUCCCCCAAGAGGAGCAGCAGCAGCCUGGAGGGGAUGCAAGCCCUGGGGCCCCCCAGGAAGCCCCCCAGGAAGAUGGCAUGACCUGGUGGUACAAGUGGCUCUGCAGGAUGGCUGGGGUCCUUGGAGGCAUCUCCUGUGCCAUUUCCGGCCUCUGGAUGUGUGUCACCAUCCACCCGCUCAACAUUGCCGCCGGAGUCUGGAUGAUGUUGAACGCCUUCGUCCUCAUCCUGUGCGAGGCUCCGUUUUGCUGCCAGUUCGUCGAAUUCGCAAACGUGGUCUCGGCCAGAGCGGAUCGGCUCCGUCCGUGGCAGAAAGCGGCCUUUUAUUGUGGGAUGGCAAUCUUCCCCGUCAUCCUGAGCUUGACGUUGACGACGUUGAUCGGCAACGCCAUCGCCUUCGCCACCGGAGUGCUUUACGGGCUUUCGGCACUGGGCAAAAACUGUUUUAACUCCAGCCUUGGAUCCGUCAAGCCCCGCACGUCGCGUGAUGUGUUCUGCAUCCAAGUUGAAUAGGGGAGACGGCAUUGCUUACGCCCGGAUGCAGCAGUUUCAACGGAAGCCAACCGACGCGGAUGGGAACGCUGUUGAACCCGAAGCUGUGUGAGUCCCUAUGGAAAACCAGAACUCUCCUUUCGCUUCUCUUCUUGACAUCGGGACCCUAAGACUCUCCAAACUUGGGGAGGGCAGAUGGAAAGGAUUCUUCGGACCUCCUCUUGAUGCCGCCUAGAACCGCAUUGGCCUUUUCACCCUCCUGACUCGUGUCUACAAAGACUCCGAGAUUCCUUUCCUAUGGAGUGUUUACAAGCCAGGUGUCACGCUAUAUCUAUACUUGAACUGGAGACAGUGUGUACAAAUGGAAAGAGGAGGUCGGGAAACAUGUUCUGCUUCUCUCCCCGUAUUUAUUAAUUUUUUAGGAUUGACACAACACUGUGAAUCUUCUACGCUGUGGCUUUAUGACGGCAGGGUUUCAAACAGGGCUCCUCCUUGGUUCUCAGGUUGGAUCGGGACCAUAUAGUUCAAGCCUGGGCAAACUUCAGCCCUCCAGGUGUUUUGGACUUCAACUCGCACAAUUCCUAACAGCCGGUAGAAAUCACCUUUUCUAAGAAACUUAAGAAAACACCUGGCAUCGUUUCUCCUCCAAUCCAUCAAUAAGGCCUGAGUUAAAGCAUCAGACUUAAGAAACCACCUUUUCUGGCAUUGUUUCUCCUCCAGCCCUUCAAUAAGACCUGAGUUAAAGCAUCAGACUUAAGAAACCACCUUUUCUGGCAUUGUUUCUCCUCCAAUCCUUCCAUAAGACGUGGGUUAAAGCAUCAGACUUAAGAAACCACCUUUUCUGGCAUCGUUUCUCCUUAUAUCCUUCAAUGAGACCUGGGUUAAGGCAUCAGACUUCAAAAACCAUCCUUUCUGCUUAUAACCUUCAAUAAGACCUGGGUUAAGGCAUCAGACUAAAGAAACCACUCUUUCUGGCACCGAUUGUCCUCAGAUCCUUCAAUAAGGCCUGGGUUUAAGGAAUCAGACUAAAGAAACCACUCUUUCUGGCAUCGGUUGUCCUCAGAUCCUUCAAUGAGACCUGGGUUAAGGCAUCAGACUUAAGAAACCACUCUUUCUGGCACCGAUUGUCCUCAGAUCCUUCAAUAAGAACUGGGUUAAAGCAUCAGACUUCAAAAACCAUCCUUUCUGCUUAUAUCCUUCAGAUUUACAAUGAAUUGAACACAAUAAGGAGUUGAAGUCCAAAACAUUUGGAGGGCCGAAGUUUGCCCAUGCCUCAUAUAGGACAUAGGAUCCUUUUGCAUCACUGUGGGAUGGAUGGAUAGGUAAACAGAGGGAUGAAUGGAUAGGUUGGAUAGAUAGAUGGAUGGAUAGAUGGCUAGAUGGAUAGAUGGAUAGAUAGAUAUAGAUGAUCAAUAGAUGAUAGAUAGGUAAACAGAGGGAUGAAUGGAUGGGUUGGAUAGAUAGAUGGAUGGAUUGAUAGAUGGAUAGAUAGAUAUAGAUGAUCAAUAGAUGAUAGGUAAACUGAGGGAUGAAUGGAUGGGUUGGAUAGAUGGAUGGAUGGAUGGAUAGAUAGAUAGAUAGAUAGAUAGAUAGAUAGAUAGAUAGAUAGAUAGAUAGAUAGAGAUGAUCAAUAGAUGAUAGAUAGGUAAACAGAGGGAUGAAUGGAUGGGUUGGAUAGAUGGAUGGAUGGAUGGAUGGACAGACUGACGGACGGAUGGAUGGAUAGAUAGAUAGAUAUAGAUGAUCAAUAGAUGAUAGAUAGGUAAACUGAGGGAUGAAUGGAUGGCUUGGAUAGAUAGAUGGAUGGAUUGAUAGAUGGAUGGAUGGACUGACGGACGGACGGAUAGAUGGAUAGCUUGAUAGAUAGAUAGAUAGAUAGAUAGAUAGAUAGAUAGAUAGAUAGAUAGAUAGAGAUGAUCAAUAGAUGAUAGAUAGGUAAACAGGGAUGAAUGGAUGAGUUGGAUAGAUGGAUGGAUGGAUAGAUGGAUGAAUGGACGGACGGACGGAUAGAUGGAUAGCUAGAUAGAUAUAUAGAUAUAGAUGAUCAGUAGAUGAUAGAUAGGUAAACAGAGGGAUGAAUGGAUGGGUUGGAUAGAUGGAUGGAUGGAUGGAUAGAUAGAUAGAUAGAUAUCCUUCUCUUGCCCUGUUUGAAUGUAUAAUCAGGGACAAGAAUGAAGUCCGACCUCAUUCUACACUAUAGAAUUAAUUCAGUUUGAUACCACUUUAACUCUCGUAGCUCAUAGGAGCCAUGUGUUCGACACAAGCAGCCUUGAGAAGUUAUUUUCCAUCCUACUGGGGAUGUUGGGCUUUGUAGUUCUUUAUUAGUAGCAUAGGCUCUUCACCACUGUCCUUUUGUGUAUGCCGUGAAUAAACAUGACCGUUCUACCUCCGGGUUUCCAAACCUCUUUGACGACCUCAUCUCUGUGUAUAUAUUUUGUCCCAUAUUCCUACAAAGUUCUGCUGAGCAAUAAAAAAGAGAGUUAUUAUUGA